UAAAUAUUUAAGAAAUAGUACAACAAAUAAGAAGAAUAUGCUCAUAAAACAUGCUUUGACAAGAAACCGAUUGUAGUAAUUCGUUUCAUUACACUUCAUUUGUUUCUACGACGGAAAAGGAAAUAACUAAUCUUUUAAUCACUUAUUUUUUUAUUGUAACCCACCCAGCACGUUAAAAGAACUGCUAACGUUGUAGCACCAAGUAUAACUUUUUUGUUCCUUCAACAUCAACAACCACACAAAAAUUCUUUAACAGAGUAAUUAUUUUCAUUACGAUCACCUAAUGACAUAGGCACUUAAUAAAAGAAAGUCUCACACAAAAUUUAUGUUAAGACGCUUCUCUUUUUCAUUUUUUGCAGCUGAAAGCUCAACCUGAUUUUCAACGAGGACAAAACACCAAAUUUUAAUGAAAGGAAAACGUUCGCUUAAUCCGGUUCAGGACGAAGCUCGAAAACGUAAGAAGAAAGAACAAGCUAAGCUUCGUCAAGAACGAUCUCAAAGAAGGGACGCAAAACUUUCAACAAAAAAUGUUUUUUUCUUGGAAAAGAAGAUUUUUGAAUUAAAGGAUAUUGAGAAAAGCAGACCCUUAAAUUCCAGUGAGCGUCAACAACUCGAUACAUUAGAACGUGAUGUUUAUGUAAUGAAAAAAAAGGGAAUUGGAGGACACUCAAUUGGCAACAUUGAAUCCGAAAAAACAAAACAUGUCAAUAGGGAACGACGCCAAAAGAAACCGUUUAUUCCGAAAAAUCCAAAAAAGAGUGUUUAUUAUCACCCAAUAUUUAACCCUUAUGGUGUUCCACCACCUGGAAUGCCUUAUAAAGAAAUUGAUGAUGAUAAUUCUGAGAGCUCAGAGACUGACGAGUCUGUUAUUAACAUUCCGAUGCCCGAGGACGAAUUUCCAGGCGACAAUCCCCACCACGAGGACACCAAAAGAACGGCGCUUGUCGAACAUAACGAUGUUUGGAAGCAACAGGAAAUUACAGCUGACGCAAUCGUAAAAACAGAAUACUCGGCAGAACCAAUUGUUCGAGAUCUUCGAAAAGAGGCAGCCCAAUUUAUUCCUGCUUCAUUAAAACGCCAACCACAACAGUUGGAAGAACCCAAUGCGGAUUCCGAGUUAGAAAAAUACUACAGCGAGUUAAACAAUUUGGGCGCUUCAGACUCAAACCCCUCUCAUGACAAGUAGACAUUUUAAGGUUUAGUAACGAGAUUUCAUCACAUUUUACCCAUGACAGAUGUGACAAAGACGUAUCUUACUCAAAAAUAUGCUGCCCAACCAAUAUACAUCUGUACGAGGUUAUCGGAGCUAACGGCUUCCUUGAUAAGCUCUUGUACCUGUCCUUCAACAGACAAGGGUAACGGCUCCUCUCCAAUAUAACCUUGCAAUUUUCUGCGUAUCUUUGCCAAAACUUGAGUCGCCUCAUUUUGUUCAAGACCACCAGAAAGCGAAUUUUGCCCCUUUAUUUGUUAGCAUAGUUGAAUAUGUGUCGAUUUUGACAUACUCUUCUGUUCCAUUCAACAAGAGGGUCGUACAAAAACGACUCUAACACACUCAUAAGCGUAUUUUGAUUGGAACGUAAAAGACGCAUCGUAAUUUCACUGGAUUUUCUAAAGGACCCUGGCAAACUUUAGUACUAGGGUAAGAAAGUUUAACUUACCUUCAUAGCCAGUUGGCCCCAUUGCAUCAACCAUAUUAUGAGUUAGUCUAAAUGGUACCUUUUCUGGUUUUGCAAAUGUUAAUCCCUGAAAUGGUUAGUAAAUUCUCUCUUUAGCGUAUAAGUACCUUUUCGAAAAGACAAUUAAAAUCAACAUGAAUAGCGUCUCCGUUUAAUUCAUCGAACAAAAUGUUCUCUCCAUGCCUAUCACCAAGUCCAAGUACAUAACCCACCAUUGACAUUACAGCAAGAGUUCUCGAGUAAUUCUGCCGACUUUUUACCCAACUGCUGGGUUCGGGAAAUGCUUCCAUAAACCAUUCAUGAAACACCGAGGGAAACCUUGGUAAGAUUUUCUCUUCAAAGAUCUUGGCCGGGUUAGGUGUUUGUAAAGCCAUAUCAAGAUUAGCACGAAGCUCUUGAUAUGGAAUAGGUACAUUCUUUUGCUUGUAAAUUUUUAGGAGUAUAUCACGGAAAGGGCGAGUAUUAUUAACCCAUUCAAUAAAACCGCAUUCUUCAUUAAGAGGGAUAACCACAUAAGUUCGUAUAUUUAGCUUUCUUCGACUAGCUGCUUGAUCUUUUCGAAGAAUCUUGUUAAUAACAUUGUUAAGUUCCAUU